AUGCAUCUCCGGAUCCCAAUUUUCCUAACGUCGCUUCUCUCCGCGACAAGCGUCUUCGCAAGCCAAGACCCCAACGAUGUAUCCAUCCUGAUCAAAGAGGCCGCGCGCGCCAACAACGAAUCGCUACUAUGGGGUCCCUACAAACCAAACCUGUAUUUCGGGGUUCGCCCUCGAAUUGCAAACAGCCUCGCUGCAGGGCUCAUGUGGGCGAAGGUAGAUGACUAUGCCUCCGCACAAGCCAACUUCCGACACACCUGCGAGCAGAAUGAGGGAAUGGCCGGAUACGGAUGGGACGAGUACGAUAUUCGAAAGGGAGGACGCCAGACAAUUCAUGAUGCUGGGAACUCCCUGGACCUUACAAUUGAUUUCGUCAAGGUACCCGGUGGACAGAACGGUGGUAGCUGGGGAUUCCGUGUGAAGGGUACUCCCCGUGAUGAUGGAGCACCCGAUCAGCCUAUCUCGAUGGUCUUUUAUACUACUCUUGAAGGAUUGGGUCAAUUAGGCGUUGAUUCUGAUAGCGUGGGUGGUGCACCUGCACUUGAGGGCGACGUCAAGUUCAAGGGUUACUCUUCUGAGCUUGGAGACUUCACGAUUGAUGUCACUGAAGGUCCAGAAAGCAACGAGUACUUUGAGCAUGACCACCCAAGUCAAGAGGAGAAGCCACUUGGAAAGGGUCUUGUGUCUAGUAUGACUAUGCCGCAGUCCCAGCUUUGGCAGGCUAAGGGCAUCAUGUUCAUGCAAAUGAAGGGUGAAGUUGAGCCUACCGUUGAGGCGUAUGGAGCCGAAAACGCUCCUCCCCCAGCUCAGCUGUUUACUAUUAAGCACCAACCUGGUGAUGGCAAUGCUCAUCUUGUCCAGAAAGUCUUUACGGGUCCUUUUGAGUUUGAUGUUCUGUUCUCCUCUGGAUCUGCUCGUGAGCCUGUUACCUCGGAGACGAUCACUAAGGAACUCAAGGAGGCUUCACUUUCGUUCUCUGAGCGUUUCAAACAAGUGUUGGCCCCUCAGGUGCCCUUUGCAUCCUCCAAGUACAUCGAAUUCUCCAAGGCUAUGCUUUCCAACCUGGUAGGUGGCAUCGGUUUCUUCCAUGGCGACGAUAUUGUCGACCGGUCCAACGAUCCUGCCUAUGAGGAGGAGAACGAGGGCUUCUGGGAGGAGACUGCUGAGGCUCGAGCUGCAGUCAAGCCUGUUCUUGAAGGCUCUAAGGAUCUCUUUACUUGUGUUCCUUCUCGGCCCUUCUUCCCCCGAGGUUUCCUUUGGGAUGAAGGUUUCCAUUUGCUGCCUGUGAUGGAAUAUGACUCCGACGUUGCACUCGAAAUUAUCAAGAGCUGGUUCCACCUCAUGGACGAGGAUGGAUGGAUUGCUCGUGAACAAAUCCUCGGCGCGGAGGCUCGCAGCAAGGUUCCCCAUGAGUUCACAGUGCAAUACCCACAUUACGCCAACCCACCUACUCUUUUCAUGGCCCUGGAAGCAUUCAUGGAUAAGGCCAAGGCCCAAACCAACAAGAGCACUCAGACUGAGAACCUUGACCCCGAGGAUGUUGCUGAGAGCCUUCGUACUGCUACCCUGCGCAGCCCAGAGCUGGCAGAUGCUUACCUUCGCUCAUUCUACCCCCUCAUGAAGAGACAUUACAAGUGGUAUCGCAGCACUCAGCGCGGUGACAUCAAGUCCUACGACCGCGAGGCUUUCUCAACCAAGGAAGGUUACCGCUGGCGUGGACGUUCCGUUCAGCACAUCCUGACCUCCGGUAUUGAUGACUACCCCCGUCCUCAACCCCCGCACCCUGGUGAGCUGCACGUGGAUCUGAUCAGUUGGAUGGGCAUGAUGACUCGCACUCUGCGCCGCAUUGCAGAGACAUUGGGCGAGCAGGAUGAUGCCGAGGAGUUUGCAUACUACGAGAAUGCCAUCUCGCGUAACAUUGACGACCUUCAUUGGGAUGAGAAGGCACAGACUUUCUGUGAUGCUACCAUCGAUGAGUUCGAAGAGAGCGUGCAUGUCUGCCACAAGGGAUACAUCUCUAUCUUCCCAUUCUUGACAGGCAUGAUUGGUCCUGAUAGCCCCCGCUUGAAGGCAAUUCUGGAUUUGAUCGCUGAUCCCGAGGAAUUAUGGAGUGACUACGGUAUUCGCAGUCUGAGCAAGAGGGACAAAUUCUAUGGCACAGACGAGAACUACUGGCGCGGUCCGGUUUGGAUGCCAAUCAACUACUUGGUGUUGAGAAAUCUAUACGACACUGCCAUCGCAGACGGCCCACACCAGGAACAAGCGCGUGAGAUGUACUCCAAGCUGCGAAAGAACUUGGUAGAGAUUGUUUUCCGCGAGUGGAAGAAAACUGGUUUUGCCUGGGAACAAUAUAACCCAGAGACAGGUGUUGGGCAACGCAACCAGCACUUUACCGGCUGGACCAGUUUGGUGGUGAGCAUUAUGUCCAUGCCAGAUCUGCCUGACCGUGCAGAGACCGCCCACGAUGAACUGUAG